AUUAUUUCAAUUAUUUUCUUUUUUUUUUGGUUGAAAUAAUAAUUUUGUUGAUAAUUAUUAUUAUGCCUCAUCCCCCAGAAAUUGAAGGCUCCUUGUUACUCUUUUUCCUGAAAACAGACAAGAGGAUCUUUCACCCAGUUGUCCCGGAAUACUGGAGGGAACGCCCGAUCUAUCUAACUGCUAGCUUAAUUGCCUAUCGCACCUCCUUUCUCUUUAGAUCUACGUUUUUUUUUUUUUAACUAUUUUUUUACUUAAAAAUUGUAAUUUUUUUAUUUAUUUCGAUUCGGUCGACAAGGGAUCAAUUCGUUAAGAAUUUCGAUUCCACCAAAAAAGAAGAAGAAUCGAAGAGUCAAAUAGAGUGGACAGAUGAAAUUAGGGUAAAAAAUUAGGGUUUUUUUUAACGGAAACGGAAGGAUAUGCUGAUGGAAAGAGAGAGGCGGAACAGCAUUGCAGAUGGAGAUUACAGUUACAAUACCAAUGGCUAUUAUAGUAAUUUUUGCAAUGAUUAUAGUGUUUUAGACAAAGAAAAGAAUCAAAGUUUGCCCGCUGCCGGUUUUAUUGAACAUCCCGUGUCCCGGUUCGAUACUCUCGCUGGUGUCGCCAUCAAAUACGGCGUUGAGGUAGCUGACAUAAAAAAGAUGAAUGGUCUGGUUACGGAUCUUCAAAUGUUUGCUCUUAAGUCACUCCAGAUCCCUUUACCUGGCCGGCAUCCCCCAUCGCCAUGCUUUUCAAAUGGUUCCGAAACUCCGGGACAAAGCAGUGCCAACCAAACCCCAGCCCAACAUUUUCCUCCUGAUUUGCUUGACUCAUUCCAGUCUUUGAGACUGAAGACUCCUCCUCGAAGGGUCUCCCCAGCCAUGAGCUCGUUACAAGGUUACUAUGGCCUUAAACCAACAGAAGGAAAGAAGAUAUCUGAAGGUUUUGAGAUGUCAGUAUACAGGAAAGGAGAAGCUCACUAUCUGGAGGAUGGUACAUUCCUUAAACCCUCCUCUGCUUCCAACCCAUCUUUGAAGCUUCAUCAGAAGUGUAGAAGCGUAGCUAAUGGAUUUUUAGAUGAGAAUGGUGAAGUUGUAGCUGAGAUAAUGUCUGCUGGAGAAGCUAGAGAAGGUGAACCUGAUAAGUCAAAUGAGAAACUGAUUAGAAGACGGCAGAAAUCUGAGGCCGACUUUACUGCUCAUACCCCUGAAAGACUGUUGAAGGAGGAUAACGCCAGCGGGGGAGGAUUUUCAACAAUAACAGCGAAAGGCUUGGCGCUAAGAUCCAAAGCAGCAAGCCGCACUAAUUCAGGAGCCGAUGCCGAGGUCUCUGGGUUCAAUCCCACACCAUCAGUUCUUGGAGAUGACUGCAUGGUUGAUGGAUUUUCUGUAGUGAGGAAGUCAUCGAGCACAUCGAGUUUGCAAGAUCAGGACAGUAGUAAUUUGUCAUCCCUCUGGCCAGCGACCAAAUGGAGUUUGAAGCCUGAUUUACAAACACUUUCCACUGUAGGCAUUACAAGACCUAUUUUUGAUGGAUUGCCAAAACCAAUGUCCGGUCGUAAAAACAAAGCGGCGCUUGAUUAGCUCCCCUUUGACUGCAUCAUAUUCCCAAUUUACAUAUCAGAUUUGGACCACAACUUGUGAGUACCCCAAUUCCUGGCUCUUUGAGGAGUAUAUAGAUAGAAAAAGAAUUUAAGGAAAAAAAAAGUCCAAUAAUAUUGUAGUUUCCCUUAGUUUAUUUAAAAUUUGUCAAUAUAUAUGUAAUUUGUGUAAUAUAUUAUUGUUUCACUUCACUUUUAACCAUUUUUUCAUUGAAAGGUAUGUGUGAUUGCUGGUCCUGUUUC